AUGGCAGAUCGAGCAACGAUUGAUCUAGCUGCCUGGUACUCAGUAACUCCAGAUUUAACCAUCUUCCAAAAUGCCCUCCGUGAAUUCUCGUCCGAGCUCUCCAACGACCCAGAGAAGCUGAAAUGGAUUGUCGAAUCAAAGUACGGCAACAUUGAAGCGGUUCUCGCCGCUGUCGACGAUGCACGACAACAAUACAAAGGUCGUAAGGGUAACUCCAAGGCCACGGAGGCACUCACUAGCCUUUCCGAGAAGAUACAUCACUAUGGCGGCAUCGUGGACGUCGUCGUGUCGCACCAUCCCGAAUACACUGCGUUAGUAUGGGGUGCGAUGAAGUUCUUCUUCGUGGGCGUCGUGAACCAUCAAAAGGUCAUCACUCGCCUGUCGGAAGGCCUUGUUCAGAUUGCGGACCUCAUCCCGACGGCCGAUCUGACGUUACGACUCUACCCGCUCCCGCACGUCAGGAAAAUCGUCGUUGCGAUCCAUGCCAACAUUCUCAGAUUCCUCGUCCGCGCGCUCCGCUGGUACCAAGAGAGCAAGUUCAUGCACGUGGUGCAUGCCAUCACGAGGCCGACUGAGCUUCGCUACGACGACAUCCUGCUCACCAUCUCGUCUCUCUCUCGUAGCAUGUCCGAUGCGGCGUUGACAAGCAGCCAAGCGGAACAGCGGGAUAUGCACCUGGGUAUCCUCCAACAAUCCCAAGCUCAAGAGGCGUUGCAGUCCAGUGUGAAUGGCCAUGGGACGAUGCUGCGACAAAUCGCGACCGCCGUGGCGGACGCCAGGGGCGAGCAGUCAGACGCGCUUGCUGGACUCCAACGGCUGAUCCAGGGCGUCCAGGGUAGUAUUCAGGAGUGUCUCACUCAAAUCGUGCUCGAGAUCACGGCCAACAGGAUCGAUACGCGGGUCAUCCAUGAAAGUGCGAAUGUACACCUGCGCCAUCAGCUAUCACCGACUCAAGUGGCCACGGCCCUGAACGUCAUUGCCGUACCCCAACUACCGAAUCCGAUGAAGGCUUACCAGACAUCCCUCUUUCUUGCAAACAUGCGCCGCGCGAGACCUUCUGCGCGAGGUCCGCCAUUUUGGCUCCAAGAUGAGAUCCAGCAGUGGAACGCGGCCAUCGCGUCCUCCUUAGUCGUCGUGAACGGGACGAAAAAGAUGCGCUUCCACCUUCAGUGGUUCUGCGCCCAGUCCAUCGCCGUCCUACGCGAGUCUGGGAUUGCGGUUGUCUGGGCGUUGAAGACGAUCGUUACUGAAACGGAAGACACGACGCCGGACCGCACGUUAUCCUCCAUCGACAUGAUGAAAUACCUCGUCUCGCAAGUUAUCAUGAUGAACAAAGCUAUCCAUAACGACGUGGCCCUCGCAUCGCGCCUGAAGUCUCUCGCAGAUGCGAGAUCGGAGGAAGCCUGGAUCGAUAUCCUGACCGCGGUUCUCUGCGGCCUGCCACAACUAUACGUGGUACUGGAUGCUGACAUCAUGAGCCAAGCCGGCCGCAGUACUAGCGAUGGGGGCUGGCCCGCCGUCUUUUUCAGUCUGUUUGCCAAGCUUUCAGACCGAGAUGCCGAGACUGUCGUCAAAGUCAUCCUUGUAAGCUCCGGCCCCUCAUUGCUCAGAGGCUCAUUCAAUGAAAACUGCAAGGGCGCAGUCGUGACGGUGGGACGGGGGCGACAGCCUCAAACCGUCCUGACAAGGCUGUCGCGGCGUGGCGGAGGCGCUGAAAGCCCUGGAAACGUGGACGGACUCAAUCUCCCGCGCCUUAUUGGAAGCUCCUCCAUGACGCUACAGAAGAUGUCGUAUCAGCAUUUGCCUACCAUCACUGAUUCUUUACGUCUACUGGUAGAUGGAAAGGUUUGCUUCCUACUGCCUGGUUCUUACUUGCAAAAGGUUGGGGUGGCGAUCUGGGAGUACGGCGUGCAGACGGCGUGCGCUUAA